AUGGACGGAUGGAUGAGCCGAGCUCGCUCCCCAUCGCGGCGCGCCACGCCAUCGCAUUCCCCUUUCCAGGCGGCGCCCUGCCACCCAGGCAUGCGAGGGCGCGGAGGCCAACCGCGCGGCGGCGGCUCGCGGAAGGAGGGCGCGAGGGCCGGGCCCGAGUGGCGGCGCGCCGACGGCCGGGCCGAGGCGCUCGCCGCCGACCGCGCGCGGCUGGAGGCGGAGAACGAGGCCCUCCACGCGCGGCUCCGCCAGGUGAGCCGCCGAGGGUUUCCUGCUUUCGAGGGUUUUUGUCCGUACGUAGCAGCUGACGCUGGUUGUUUUGCUGCGCUUAAUCGCGCGCGAUUCAAGGCGGAGGCGAGCGGGAGGAAGCGGAGGACGGCCUACGUUCAGCCUUCUGCUAAUCCCAAGUUCGUCGAGCACCGGGAGAUUGACUCAGAGGAUUCCCGCAACUGUGAGGCUCCUUUUCACAUCAAUUACUCAGGACCAAAGGUACAACUAAAGGGAGGUAGAAGACAUGGAGAGCGUACUCAAAAUGAUGCGGACCAUGGGGGCGCUGUAAGAGAUUUACCAGCAGAGCCAAGGAUAUCAAAGCAAGCUAUUCAUAAGAGCUCAAAAAAGGAUAAGGAAGCUACCGAAGCAGCAGAGAAGCUUCACCAGAACAUGAAAAAACGGCCCUGUUUGAGAGCAGGAGGAGCUGUUGAUGCAGUAAACAAGGAGAAUAUUCACAAGCGCAAGAAGGAUAGUAGUAAGAUGGAUCUUGAACAGUGCACGGAGACUAAUCAAAAGCGCAGGAAGGAUACCAGUAAGAUGGUUCUUGAACAAAGCACAGAGAAUAUUCACAAGCACAAGAAGGAUAGUAGUAAGAUGGAUCUUGAACAGUGCACGAAAUCCCCUGUUCUUCCUCAAGGAGAUGGAUGGCAUCUUCGACCUCCAAAGAAGGAGAUUAUUCAAAAGGGCAGGCAGGAUACCAGUAAGAAGGUUCUAGAACAAAGCACAGAGACUAUUCACAAUCGCAAGAAGGAUAGUAGUAAGAUGGAUCUUGAACAGUGCACGAAAUCCCCUCUUCAUCCGCAAGGAGAGCGAUGGCAUCUUCGACCUCCAAAGAAGGAGACUAUUCAAAAGGCCAGGAAGGAUACCAGUAAGAAGGUUCUAGAACAAAGCACAAUGCAGAUCUUCGUCAAGUUCAUGAAUGGCGAGACCAUCAUUCUCAAAGAGGUCGCAAGAUCAGAUACGAUCUACAACUUGAAGUCCAAGAUUGAAGACAAGGAAGGCAUCCCUGCAGGCCACCAGAGACUCAUAUUUGAGAAUGAGCAGCUGGUGGGCGGCCGCACCCUCAAGGACUACAACAUCAAGGAGAGGUCCACCCUUGACCUUGUCUUCCAAGGGAUGCAUAUCUUUGUCGAGACGCCUGGUGUGAUGACCAAGACGCUCGAGGUUGAGAGUGCAGAUACGAUAUACAGCGUGAAGGCGAAGCUGUUCGAUGAGACCGGAUAUGUCCCAGGAAUGCAGCGCAUCAUGUUUGUGGGGAGGGAGCUGGAGGAAGCCCGCACUUUGGCCGACUACGACGUCCAGAACAAUUCCACCGUUCGUCUUGCGCUGCGCCCCUGGAGGCUGAAGGACAGGAGGCACAUCUGGGUCAGGACGGCGACGGGCAGGACCAUCAUCAGAUAUUGCGCCAUGUCCUCGGAGUCCGUCGGCGAUGUCAAGGACAAGAUCUUUGUCGAGCUGGGCAUCCCCACGGAGCAGCAGUGCCUUUCCUGGGGUGAAGGCGGAGCAGCGCUGGAGAACUGGUGCACCAUGGAGGAGACGGAGCGCUACCUCGUUCUGCGGCUCUGCCUUCCUGUGUUGUCUGUUUUUUGUGAUGGUAGCGAGAGUCCAGACACGCCACUCGCCAGAGGUAGAACUAAUGUGACUGACACUUGGCCUAAUAUGUGGGUUCAGGACUGAAGGCAGCAUUGUCUCUGUUUUUCUUCAGUUGAGAGUAAGGAACACGUGUAGAUGUGAAACUCGUCUUUUUUUUUUCCUGUCUAAUCUAUUUCUAUGCCCAGAAAGCAAAUACGGUGCGGAUGAUCGAAUCACAAAAUGAAAUCCUAUUCUGAUACUCGCUUUGUAAACUUAUAUAUGACUUUUUAGA